AUGCACCUCCUCUCCACCCUCCCCCUCGCCCUCUCUCUCUUCACCACGGCCACGGCGACGGCCACACCACCAAAUCCCACCUUCCCCCCGCUGGACAUACCCAAAAACAUAACCAAACUCCCCGUCGUCACCCCCGGCUUCAACUUCCUCUAUACAAUGCAAGUAAACUGCAAAGCCGGGCUCUACGAAAUGGCGUCCCCACAGGGCAUCCGCACCGCCAUUCCCAUCGUAGAAGGAGAAUUCCUGGGUCCCCGCCUCAACGGUCGCGUCAUCGACCUAGGCGCCGAUUGGGGCCUCACAGACCCAAAGACGGGCAUUUUUAGUGCGGAUACUAGGUAUCAGCUGCAGACUUAUGAUGGCGCGUGGAUUUAUGUUAGGACGGGUGGGGCGACGCAGCCCGGGGGAGAGAGUCAUUUGAGGGUGGUUUUUGAGACGGGGGAUAGGCGAUAUUAUUGGUUGAAUAGUGUUGUUGCUGUUGCGGUGUUGCAAACGGCACUGGAUUAUGAGGGCGGGUAUUGGUUGCAGAUUGAUGUUUGGAAUCUCGGAAACGAGUGGACAGACACACCCUGGGUAAACGGAACAACAACCACAUCGUAGAAACCAAACACCACGAUAUCAACGUACCUACCAGCACGAACCCGUAAUGAAAA